AUGUUAUAAAUUUAUGUGUGCAAGACGGUUUAAAAGCGUUAGGAGAUUCCAUGGAGGUAAUAAAGGGGGGGGUUAGACGUAUUUGGGGUAAUGGUCAACUUAGAUUAAAAUGGCAAAGUUAUUUGACUGGAAGAGGUGUGAGAUAUGUUGCUUUUCCUAAAGAUUUGAGUAUUCGUUGGAAUAGUACUUAUAAAUUACUUAAAGUUGUUCUUAGAUAUAAAGAACAUUUUCCUGCUUUUUUAAAAGAACAUGAUAACUAUAUUAUAAACGCGGCUGAGAUCGACACUUGCGAAAAAAUUUGUAAUGUUUUGAUAUAUUUUUUUAAUGCUACUGAAACUUUUAGUCAUGUUUAUAAACCUACCGCAAACCAAUUUAUUCCACAAGCUGUUAAUCUCGCCGAUGCUUUUAAAGAAUUUCAAAAUGCCGUUUUCGUUCAUUAUUUUUGUGAUUAUAUGAAGGAAAAGUUUUUAAAAUAUUAUGCGCAUAUUCCCCAUAUUUAUGGUAUUGCAUUUAUUCUCGAUCCUCGUUAUAGACUUGCUAAUUUGGAAGAUUGUUUCAACUUCUAUUAUCUUGCGUUUUUCGGUGAAUUUCCAAUGUAUGAGGAUAACCCCAUAGAUCCGAAAACGGAAUACAACGAGGUUAGUACUUUAUUUUAUGCCUUAUUUAAUGAGUUUCGUGCACAAUAUAGCAACGCUCCCCCUCCCCCGUCACGAACAUCUUCAUCUAAAGGAAAAUCGAUUUUUAAAUCUGCAUUUGGCAAUCUUAUGAAAAAAACUAAAACAACUCACGUCACUGAACAAAGCGC